GGUGGUGGUGGUGGUGGUAGUGGGAGCUACAGGGAUAGCCGAUACUCAAGUGAUAUGGGAUGGGCUCAAGGAAAUGAAAAUUAUUAUGCUACCCAAGACACUGAUCAUGGAUAUCGUCCUGGUAUAGAAGCUCAAAGAGAUUUUCUAAAUAGUUUAACAGAAUUUUCAAGUGAAGCCGAUGCUUCAAAUUUUUCAGAUACUAGGAGAUAUUCUGGAGUUCACGAACAUAUGCAAGACUUGAAUAUAGGUUAUUCCUAUGGAGAUUCUUCUCAUAGCUCGAGUAAUAGAUUGGGGAGACAGGAGUGGGACCAACCAAAUGCAUAUCAUAAUCCCUAUUACUCAGGAUACGGUUUAUCUAAUCUACCCAGACAUCUUCAGGAUUCAGCCAAUCUUCCUAUAUUUGGAUCCAACCAACCAGUUGGAACAUAUUACGGAGGGAUUACAUCUGGUUCGGGUAGUAUUGAUGAUCGUAGACAAAAUUAUGGUUCAUCAAGCAGAAGCAAUGAUAAUAGAGAAUAUCGAGGUUUUGAUGUAUAUGGAAGGGGUUCAUUCAGAGAAAAUCAAUAUGGUUCGAACAUCUCUCCUUAUCCAAGCAAUAUGAAUCCAGAUGAAAAUGAUUUUGAACCUCCAUGACAUUCCACAUGGUAUUGAAUGAUGAUAAAGAUGAAAUCUUGACAUUGACGGACACAAGGUACAUCAUUUUGUUAUUAAAAUAAAUUUAUUAGUAUAAUGACAAUAUGCAAAACAUAAAAUUUAGCAUUUACAUUUAUAUA